AUGGUGCAUACAUUACGACGACAUAUGCAUAAUCAUGAUGCUGAUGAAACACCGUUUGAAAUAACUCAUGAUGAUCAUAAACUUGGAACACACUUAUCAUUACGUACAGAUGAUAUGAUAACUGAAAGAGAUAUUGUUAUGAAUAUUCGAAAAGGUGAACAUUUGACGAUUAAUUCAGAUGAUCGUUGAUGAUUCUAUCAAGAUGUGUGAUGCCUUCAUAAUUUAUACCUUUGACUUAUUUCUUGUAAUCUUUUAAUAUGCCUCGUC